AUGCAUGCAGCUGCAGGGUCAGCGGAGCUUCAGCACAUUCCACCUGCCCGCUGCGUUGGAGGCCGCCGCUCGGUCACCCCUGCAGGGGGCGCUGUGGGGGCAGGGCCGCCAGAGCGGCGACAGAGCAUGCGCAAUACGUUUUCGGCCGAGGCGCGGGACAUCCCGGUCCUGCGGCCCCCGCGGCACAAGUUGGACGCCCUGUGCCGCUACCAGGUGCACCAGGGCGUGUGCAUGGAGGUGAGCCCCCUGCGGCCCCGGCCUUACGCGGAAGCCCGGGAGGCCGCCCCAGACCACCACCACCACCACCGGCCACUGUGGCUUGUCUUGGAGGGGCUCCAGGAUCCCCGGAACCUUGGGGCUGUGUUGCGUUCCGCUCACUUCCUCGGAGUGGACAAAGUCAUCACCAGUCGGAGAAACAGCUGCCCGCUCACGCCGGUAGUCAGCAAGGCCAGCGCGGGGGCUAUGGAGGUGAUGGACGUGUUCUCCACGGAUGACCUGCCCGGUGUGUUGCAGGCCAAAGCCCAGCAGGGCUGGCUUGUGGCUGGCACAGUGGGCUGCCUGGGGCCUAAGAUCCCUCACUCUUCUCAGAUCCCCAUCAUGAACUGCUUGGAGUUUGUCUGGGACCGGCCUACUCUCCUCGUGCUGGGGAAUGAAGGCUCUGGUCUGUCCCAGGAGGUGCUGGCCUCCUGCCAGCUUUUGCUCACCAUCCUGCCUGGGCGUCCACUGCCUCUCGGGCUUGAGUCCUUGAAUGUGUCUGUGGCUACAGGAAUUCUUCUUCACGCCAUCUGCAGCCAGAGGAAAGGUCUCCCUGUAGAGGAGGAGAGAGGGCAGCUUCUCCAGGACCCUCAAGAUCCUUCGGCUAUGUUUGAAAGAGUCACAGUGGCUCAGCACUCAGCAUUGUCUUCAGAGUCAGAAAAACAGAGCCCAAGUGGGGGCUGACUUGGCCUGUCUGAAUUGGUCCUGUGCUGGAGUUGGGAUGGGUUGCACGUAUCUCCACGGGCUCUCAAGAUUCUGCCAGAGUGUGUGUCCAAGCCUUUGUUAAAGAUGUUAAUUUAAUUCCAGGCUAGGAUGGGAUGGAGGGUUUCUGUUUUCCCAGGCCUGGAUGGGAAAGCAAGGCAUCAGAAGGAAGCUGGACAGCCCAGGCCAGAGGGCUGUGGAAAAUGAGGGCUUGUGGAUGUGGAAGAGGCCCAAAGACCUUCCUGUGGGGUAACAAGUGCACCCUUUCCCCCAGGCUUGUUGAGGAUCAAAUAAAACCACCUGGU